GAGGCAGCAGAAGGACAGAGGCGAGGAGGGAGAGGGACCGUGCCGGCUGCUGCGGAGAAGUGACGCCUGGGCGGGAGGCAGGGGCAGCGGGGAAAGUAUGCCACAAACGCCUCCCUUUGCAGCUAUGUUUGACAGCAGUGGUUACAACAGAAACCUGUAUCAGUCAAAAGAGGACAACUGUGGAGGACUCUAUUACCAUGACAACAAUCUCCUGUCAGGGUCUCUGGAAGCCCUCAUCCAGCACUUAGUACCCAAUGUAGAUUACUAUCCUGAUAGAACAUACAUAUUCACCUUCCUGCUCAGUUCGCGGCUGUUCAUGCACCCGUAUGAACUAAUGGCCAGGGUUUGCCAUUUGUACAUGGAGCAUCAGAGACUAAGCGAGCCCGGGACUGACAAGAGCCGGAUACGAAAAAUUGCUCCCAAAAUCCUUCAGCUGUUGACUGAGUGGACAGAGACGUUUCCAUAUGAUUUUCGAGAUGAAAGAAUGAUGAGGAACCUAAAAGAGUUGGCGCAACGAAUAGCCAGUGGCGAUGAGAUGUAUCGGAAGAACGUACAGCAAAUCAUCCAGAGCCUGAUCCGAAAACUUGCCUCUCUUAGCCAGUAUGAAGAAGUACUUGCAAAAAUCAAUGCAACAUCCACAGAUCGACUGACAGUCCUGAAGAUCAAACCUCAGUCCAUACAAAGGGACAUAAUCACUGUCUGCAAUGACCCUUACAUGUUAGCCCAGCAGCUGACUCACAUAGAGCUGGAGAGGCUGAAUUACAUUGGACCAGAAGAAUUUGUCCAGGCGUUCGUACAAAAGGAUCCUUUGGACAAUGACAAGAGCUGUUAUGCUGAUCAAAAGAAGACUCGUAAUCUGGAAGCCUAUGUAGAAUGGUUUAACAGACUCAGCUACUUAGUUGCUACCGAAAUCUGCAUGCCUGUGAAGAAGAAGCACAGAGCAAGAAUGAUAGAAUAUUUCAUUGACGUGGCUAGGGAGUGUUUUAACAUUGGCAACUUUAACUCCUUAAUGGCGAUUAUUUCUGGUAUGAACAUGAGUCCCGUCUCCCGGCUAAAGAAGACCUGGGCAAAAGUCAAGACAGCCAAAUUUGACAUUCUUGAGCAUCAGAUGGACCCUUCUAGCAAUUUUAACAAUUACCGAACCGCUCUGCGUGGGGCAGCUCAGAGGUCCUUGACGGCGCAUAGCAACAGAGAGAAGAUUGUGAUACCUUUCUUCAGUCUCCUAAUCAAAGACAUUUACUUUCUCAACGAGGGCUGUGCCAAUCGCCUCCCAAACGGCCAUGUCAAUUUUGAAAAAUUUUGGGAGUUAGCGAAACAAGUGAGUGAGUUUAUGACAUGGAAGCAAGUGGAGUGUCCAUUUGAGAAGGAUCGGAAGAUCCUGCAGUACUUGCUCACUGCCCCAGUCUUCAGUGAAGAUGCACUUUACAUGGCUUCCUAUGAGAGCGAAGGUCCUGAGAAUCACAUUGAAAAAGACAGAUGGAAGACUCUAAGGUCAACACUUUUAGGCAGAGUUUAACAUGUGAGAUGCCUGCUGCUCCUGCCGCUACUGUGUGAUGUGGACUAGGAAGGGACCCACUUUGAUUUAUUUUGUGUGUGUACUGAAUGGCAUUGAAGUGAUGGAAACUGUGCAGCCAAUUGAGAAGACAUGUCAGCAAAGAUAAAAACAAGUUAACUCAAGAACAAACAGGCACCUUCUCAGAUCAGACAGAUCAGGUUAAAUCACAACUCGUUUGGCUAUUGAUUGAGGACAAGAAUGGCAGAAUCCUUUGAAGAUCUCAAAUUCCUUGUAUGAAUCAUUUCAUAACACCUCGAUGGGAUUUUUGUUCUUGUUUUGUUGGAGCUUGCUGCUACUAAGACACUUUCAUGGUUUGGUACUGGAUUAUAGGGCUUUCCAUUCCUCCAGCUGAAUCCCAAAUCUGCAUUAGAAGAACUUCCACUCCCAAUAUGCUGAACAUAGCCAGGAGCUCAGCCUGAGUCAGCAUUGCUAAGAAGGGAUAGGACUGAAUUAAAAAAAGCAAAAAACCUGGCUGCUGUGGGGACUCCCCCCGCCUUCCAUUUUAAUGAUAGUUAGUUAUUUUUUUGUUUGUUUUUCCAUAAAGUUUUUUUGAGUUGGCUGCUGGUUGGCAAACUCAUUGUCAUUCUAAGUUAUAUUUUAAAAAAGUAAUAAUAGAAUCAGUGCUGUGGUAGGAAAUUCAGGCACUAGAAGAAUACAGUAACUAUGUAGCUGGGACUAUCUUGCAUCUUCUAGUAAGGUGUUUUGGUUUUUUCUUUCAACUGUUUACCACCUUUUUCUAGACAUUCUUAUAUUUUUACUGUAGCCUUUUAUUACUCUUCAUUUCCAUACUUGAUGGCUACUUCCUGUAUUAAAUUGAGCAAUCUGAUUGCUUUUGUUCUCUUGAAUUCUACUUGUGAAACCACUGCACAGGCUGCAUUACAAAUAAUAUCAAAUUCUGUGUUAUUUAAGUCGUCAUUUUUACAAUUGCUUUCUUUUUUUGUAUAACUACUGGAGUAUGUAAUCCAGUUUGACUGAAAUGAUAAGAUGCCAAGAAACAAAAAAAGAUUUCUCUUUGACUACAGCUGUGAACAAAAACAAUCUCCUUUGUGUUUGCUUCCUGGAUUAUCAUUGUUAUGACUGUGAAAUAGCUCACUUUGUUACACAUCUAAUAUGUCUGUUGUCACUUCAAGUACUUAGUCACUGUAUUUAUCCUAGGAAAAAUCCUGGGGAAUAAAGAUAAACCGUAGAUUUAGUCUGCCCUGGAUGGGAAGUCACAUGCUAAACAAAGGGACAGGUUUGUAAAUACCAUGCCACUAUUUAAAAAAUGGAAAAAAAAUAAAAUCCUGUAUUUAUGUUGCACUGCAUCUCUGUAGACUUUCAAAUGUGCCUACAGUGUGCCCUUCUAAGCUACCAGUAUAGGACCUGGCUUGGGAAACAUUGAAAUAUGUGCUUCAGUCCAUUCUGAUUCAGACAAGCAAUGAAACACAUGCACAAGGAUAAGCACAUGUAUAAGCCCCAUUUCUGGAUAGGGAAGUUGUCCUGAAUUGCCAGCUGCUGAAUGGUACAAGGUGUUGGAAAGGACUGAUUGGUAUAUUUUAAUGGGGCCAGAUAUUAAAAUGCAAGGAACUUAGGUGGUGAAGGGAGGGUUUUUUGAGAAGGUUGGUGGGAGGAGGGAGGAAGAUAUUGGAGCUUUCCUAUUU